GAUAUAAUUGCACGAAAGAAUACAUUCUGGGUGUGAAAAUAAACAACUACCUCGUGUUUGGAUGACCCAGGCACUAAAACAGUGACCAUAAGGAUUAUAUUUUGCUCAAAAUUGAUCAAAAAACCCAGUCUAGGUAGUGUGACGUCGUAUCUUUCAAAAGUCCGCAUCCGUUCAGCUAUUCUAGCACAUUCCUCUAAGGAACGCUAAAAAUUGCUUGCAUCGAAAAUGGGAGCCUCCUUCCUACCUGUUGUGCUGAUCGUUAACUGUUUUCUGCUGGUUGAUGCAGGAAAACUGUUCUACUACAACGACCGACUGCCGGCGAAGACAAUCGAAGUAGAAAAGGCACCAGAGAGCCGAACAGAUGAUGAUACGUCGCCUGCGCUGGACUUGGAAGUGAAUUAUCCGGGAUUGGAAAAGCUUCCACUGAAUCCUUUUAUGCCACUCUUCUGGGGAAUGGGGCAUAAGAUGUCGGGCUACUUUUAUGGGUCGCCUAAUCAACAAGCUGUGAACGAUCGUUUUACGACGCAACACCAUCAUCACGGACAACUUCACAAACAUCCCCAUCAUCAUAAGCAUUGCCACUGUCAUAAGCAUCAGAAACAUUCCCACCAUCAACACCAAGGAUUACAACACGAAGGAUCGUUAAGCCACCACCAUCGUCAUCACCAUGCAACGACGACGACGACAACGUCUACCACAACUAGUCCCCCAGUAACCGAAAUGGAGAAUGUUCCGGCCAACGCAAAGCUCAGUCAGCUGCAAGCAGUUAUCAAGAAGCUUGAGUACAAGCUGCAGGAGCUUCAGCAGCGCGUCUCAAACGUCAGGGAUCCAACAGAAGCAAACGUCGAGGAUGCCGCCCGGUGGGACAUUUCUCAGGAAAAGACGGAUCCCAUUACUCCGAAACUUACACCACCCGAUCAGGGCAAAAGUGACACCGUGCGGUUCGAGAAGCCAACGGUAGAACUACAAGCCGAACACCGACAGGACGAUGCUGGUGGCAAAGACCAAGCAGGUCGUGCCAUCGUCUUCAACGAAGAGGAAGCAACAGACGCAAACGAUAACAACCGUUUAGACAUUAGAUUUCUUUUGGAAUAAUUUUACAUAUGGAACAUAACUUUGCAAAUACAAAGAAAAUAAACGUAAACCUACGAAGAUAAUAAAUGAUUUUUCAAAUAA